AUGGCAUGAGCGUCGGGUGAGUGCGGCUUGAAACGCUUCAACGUCACAUACAACAGCGCAUUCCAGUCUCCUGGAUCCUGCUCGCGUCCUUAACCCGACCCGCUCGACCCAAUUACAAACCCAUUCAACAUGGCAUCCCUAUGCACACAAGUGCCGCGCUCACUGUUGAGGUCAUCGGCCGCCCCUCGGUUACGCUUGCCCUGCCGGAGAACUGCCCCUCGUCUGAGGUUCUUUAGCCCCACAUCAACUCCGAGUUUACUUCUACAUCAACGAAGAACUUUUGCAAUGGCAUCAAAAGGCAAUUUCGAGCUGCUUUGCUUGGAGAACCCGCUGCUGGAUAUUCAGGGAGUUGGAGACGAGAAGCUUCUGGAAAAGUACGGACUCAAGGCCAACGAUGCGAUUCUGGCCGAGGAGAAGCAUCUGGGGCUCUAUGACGACCUGAUCAAGAACUACAAGGCGGUGCUCAUUGCCGGUGGAGCGGCGCAGAACAGCGCCCGGGGAGCCCAGUACAUCCUCCCCGCAGACUCAACCGUCUACAUCGGCUGCAUUGGCCGCGACAAAUACGGCGAGCAUCUGGAAGAAAUUUGUGCGCAAGCGGGCGUAAAGACCGCAUACCGCUAUGACGAAGAGACUCCUACCGGCCGCUGCGGCGUCGUUAUCACCGGGCAUAACCGUUCGCUCUGCACGGAUCUUGCGGCGGCGAACAAGUAUCAGUUGGAUCAUUUGAAACAGCCCGAGGUCUGGAAGCUCGUGGAGAACGCGAAGUUCCUCUAUGUGGGCGGAUAUCACUUGACGGUUUGCGUCCCAGCUAUAUUGGCGCUCGCGGAGGAGGCGGCGGCGAAGGAUAAGCUCUUCAUCCUCAACCUUUCCGCACCCUUCAUCCCGCAAUUCUUCAAAGACCAGCUUGACCAAGUCCUGCCCUACGUCGACAUCCUGAUCGGCAACGAGACCGAAGCUGGCGCAUACGCCGAGUCGCACCGGCUUUUCUCUAAAGACGUCAAGGAGGUCGCCAAGUCCAUUGUGCAGCUACCGAAGAAGAAUUCGAAGAAGCCGCGUACGGUGGUCUUUACCCAGGGUACUGAUCCCACUGUUUCGGUUGUUGCAAAGGAUAGCGGGGAUUUCGAGAUCAAGGAAACCCCCGUGCAUGCUAUUGGACAGGAGUUGAUUAAUGACACGAACGGCGCUGGUGACGCCUUCGCGGGUGGCUUCCUUGCUGGUAUUGUGCGGGGCAAGCCCCUCGAGACUGCCAUCGAUAUGGGUCAGUGGCUCGCCAGGUUGAGCAUCCAGCAGCUGGGCCCUUCGUACCCCUUCCCCAAGCAGACCUACGGCUGAAUACCGGCCGGGAGAGCGUGAGAGCUCGUGCAUUUCAACAAUCUACGAGAGCAUGUAGGCCUAACGUGGCCCACUUGCAUCUACCCCUGAUGCCUAUGUCUAUGGCUCGGGUUGUAGCUGGAGGCAUCCGGAGGUGUUUUUGGCGUCAUAGAGGAGGGGAAAAUGACCGUUCAACAGAUAUAUUGGUCACAGCGAAAGUGAGCUUGAAGGCCCUUAGCGGGUAAUGAAUGGAAAUAAAUCUCUUCAUUCUGGACGCUCAUAACGCAUGACGUCGUAUUCUCUGCGGGAAUUGUUUGUCGUCUCGGCGUGAUCUUGAGC